AUGAAAGACGACAGGCUCUCGACUGGACGAUCGUUGGGAAACUUGUGGGACCUGGAAAGGGACGAACUAGUGGUCCGGGUCCAGAUCCCUAAGAAACAGAAGACAAAACGAGGCCUUCUGAGUAUCGCCAGCUCCAUAUAUAACCCACUGAGACUCAUCACUCCGAGCAUCAUAAGAGCCAAAAUCAUACGCCAAGAUGAGUGUAGACGAGGUGUUGGGUGGGAUGAACGAAUGGCUAAACAGAACAAGGUGGCAUGGCGAAGAUGGCUAGAUGAACUUCCUCACCUAUCACGGGUACACGUUCCACGGUGCUACCGACCCCAGGACGCAAAUCCAGUGGCUGCCGUGCAACUACACCAUUUCUGCGACGCCUCCCAAUUAGAGUAUGGAGCUGUAUCGUAUCUGAGGACCACGUGUGAAGAUGGAACCCACCAUAUCUCCUUCAUGCGUGGCAAGGCCAAGCUAGACCCUCUGAAACAGCAGACCAUACCUCGACUCGAGCUCUGA